AUGGAUUCACCACCAAAGCGAAUCACGCGAGCUCGGGCCGCGGCCAGCACGUCGACCGUAAGGACGACCAGGAUCGUCACCGCAGCAGCCAGGGCGAAAGCGGCCGCCGCCGCCGCGGCCACCAACGACGCCCCGACGGCGACGAAGAGGAAGACGCGCGCCGACGAGCAUGAUGACGACAACGGCAACAACGGGGAGGAGAACGAGGGUGAGGUCCGCGCCCGCCGCCUUCGCGGCAGGCCUAGUCGCGCCGUCGACGGCCCCGCGACAGCGCUGCGCGCGGAGCCGGUGCGUGCGACGACGCGCUCUACACGCUCAGCCCGGAUCGUCGCGGAGGAGCCGGCGCCGUCCAGGCCGGCGCGCGGCCGCCCGCGGAGGAACACGCCCACGUUGACGGAUCAGCCCCCAGCUACUACUACUACUACUACUACCACUACCACGAGGAGGUCGGCUGCCGCGGGCACGCGAACGCGCGCGGGCAGCACCGCGAGCAAGACAGCGCCGACUGCCACUACCGCCAAGAAGCAAAAGAAGAGCGUCAAGUUUGACGAGCCGGGCAAGGAGAACCUAGGACCGGCGGGCGCGGAUGCCGCCAACGCCGGCGGCCUCUUGCACGCCGCCGCGGCGCGCCGACCCCCUACGCCUGCAGCUAGUGGGAGGAAGCGUGGCACCGUCGCGGCUUCGGUGGCGGAGAAGACGCCGCUCAGUCCGAAGAAGGUGACGCAGAUUCCAGUUCUGCGCAAGGACGGGGACGACUUGGCUAGCAACGGGAGCUCCCGUAAGAGCAAGGCUGCGGAGCAAGUCAUCAGCCUGACGCCGAUUAAGAAGAGCGUGGAGCCGGCCGUGCCCGACAGGGACCAGGACUCCACGGUGACGGUCAAUGCUGCUAUCUUGGGCGCGCCGGAGGGGGCCACGAUGACGAUCCCGUUCGGCUCACCUCCCCGUCGCCCACCAACGUCGCCCAACAGAGACACCCUGAAGUCGCCAGCGAAGAAGAUGGGAGCCAUCCCGUUCCCGGGCUCGCCCACCAGAUCGAACCCAUUCUCCCAGGACAAUGCCACCAAGACGGGAACACUGUCCAAAAGUAGCACUCUGCUCCAAACACCAGCGAAGCGGCCCCCCUCGCCGAUCAAGGGCAGCAGGCCCGCGAUCAGCUUCCCCUCGACUGGCAGCCAGGACGCCCUGUUCAAGGCCUCCUUGUUCCAGUCACCCGCCAAGCGGGCGCCAAUGUUGGGCCUGAAGCCCGUGCCUGAGAGGCCAGCCGUGGCUGCGAUUUGCGAGACGCCGGCGAUGAAGCCCAUCGCAACGGUCGCCCCCGCUGCAACCUCCUCCUCCUCCUCCUCCACGUCAGUGCGCGUCGACUCUCGUCGCCCUUCAGCGAGGCUUACUUUUGAGGACGAGCACGAUGAUGACUUCUCGGACGAGUUGGCCACUGAGAUGCUGGAGGGUCCCUCGCUGGGCUCCCGCUUCAAUGGCCGGCUGUCUGACGUUGUGCCGCGCGAUGAGGACGACUACGACGUCGAUGAUGGGCUCGAGGAGGACGAAUCGGUGGAUCUGGUGCACUCGUAUUCCUUUUACGAGAAGGCUGGCAGUGCGGCUCCCCCGACAUCCGACAUGACACCAACCCGAAUGUCCAGCUCCUCGGAUAGCACUCUCGAGAUUGCUGAGAUGCCGCAGACCGCCUCCACUGCUUUGCCGGCGCAGACGCCGCUACAGGGCCCCAACUUUCAGCUGCGAGACAAGGACGCGGACCCUUGCCACGACAUGACGGCAAUGUCGGAUUCGGAUGACGAGGGAGAUGUGGAUGCCGACUCGUCCACGUUCACGCCCAGCUUCAACAAGAACCGACGUUCGACCAUGGGUCUCACAAGUCUGGCCCAGACGCUCGGCGCUUGGUCCUCGGAAGCUCCCGCUCGUGCCGCCGAGACUGCUCAACCGACCUCUGGCCUCCGCCGUGCAUCGACGAUUGUGCCGGUCACCGACGCCUCGCCCUCGCAGACGAGCUUCUUUGAGGAGCAGAUGCAGACACGAGCGGAGGAGGAGGACAAGGACCAAGAGGACGUCGGCGAGAUCCUGGCAGAUAACGAACUAUCCGAGCCGUCAUUCGACGAGGAUAUUCAAGUUACCUGUGAAGACCUUGCCCUCGCGCAGGAGGCCGAGGACAUGUCUCAGUUGCAUGAGAGUCCCUGCGCCGAACGAAGCGCGGCCAGGUCGUUCUCCGACUCCUUGUCCGAGGCGAGCCAGGAGUAUGGUGACGAGAACGAGCUUCCCGUGGACCCUGCCCUUCAUGUCCCGCGCAUGUGGCCGCCGACAACGCCGGUCCAGCCGGUCCUGAGAACCUGCUCCACGACGACCAAGGUGCCGCUGAAGCCGGCUGACGAGUCCAGCCCGACAAAAGCGCGCCGCUUUAGCGCCUCGCGUAUCCCCAACAACGGAACCGGGAGCUUGCCGAAGAGCGCGACCGUCAUAUCCUACUCUCCUGAGAAGCCAAAGUCUAGCUCCGGCGUGUUCGACAUGGACCACGAGUCUGCCACCCCCACCAGCAAGUGCGACAUGUGGUCGAACAUGGGCACGCCGGCUCGCACGCCCCGACGCGAUACCGCCUCCGCCCUACUCCGCGGUGCCGUAGUCUUUGUCGACGUACACACCAGCGAGGGCGCGGAUGCGAGUCUCAUCUUUGUGGACCUCUUGACGCAGAUGGGUGCCAAGUGCGUCAAGACGUGGAGCUGGAACCCGGACGGCAAUGGCGCCUCCCACAACGUCGAAGCCUCGUCCAACAAGAUCGGCAUCACGCACGUCGUCUUCAAGGAUGGCGGCAAGAGAACGAUGGAAAAGGUGCGCAAGUCCGUCGGCAUGGUGCAGUGCGUCGGUGUCAGCUGGGUGCUCGAUUGUGAGAAGGAGAAUGCGUGGCUGGACGAGGGCCCGUACCUGAUCGACACGGCGUUUGUACCGCGCGGCGGCGCGCGUCGCAGGAAGAGCAUGGAGCCCAAGGCCUUGGCCAAUAACAACGGCACCCUGGUCAGCAGCACGCCGGCAGCGAAGCAGGGCUACAAUCGUCGACAGAGCGGCAUCUGGAUGCAGACGCCACCUGAGCAGCAGGCGCACGGUGGCGAGGGCGAUGACGACAUUGAGUGGUCCGAGUUCAUCCUCACCCCGGUCCCGAAGACGCCGACGCCGGAAACGAUUUCACGAUAUGCGACCGAGGAGCCGGAGACGCCGUCGCGGGGUGGCGAUGAAAGUGGCAUGUCGCUCUCGCGGGAGGAAAUGCUGAUGAGGACAUGUCCACCGGCCAAGCCAAGCGGUGCGUACGACCAGCUGGGCGCGGGCGUUCUGAGCACGCACAAGGAUGAGAAGGUGCUCAUACGCCUGAUGGCGGCUCGCCGCAAGAGUCUGCAGUUUGCGCCCAAGAUUGGCAGUCCGCUGUCCAAGUCUUGGUACUAG